AUGCACAAACUCAGAUAUUCUUUCCACCAACACUACAACAAUCGCCAUUCAAACGACAAACACAAAGACAGCCCAAAGAGUCAAAACAGCAAUGAAGAAAAUGAUUCGACCAAGUUGAGUUCAAGUAGUCUUCAAGAUUUACAUAAUGAUUUAGAUGAUAUUUACAACAACUACACUCUAUCACAGAGUACCAAUAACAACAGUGUAGAUACAUUGGAUUCUGAAAACGAUCAAGCUAUAAAUGAGUAUAUUGAUAAACCCCCAGCCAUUCAUGGCAAUGAACCACAACUACCGGUUAUGCACGUUUCUUCACGAUUAUCUUCUUUGGGUAAUAACACUACUGAAACAGGUGAAAGUAUUGCCAAAAGUGCACCAGGAACCCCUUUAUCUUCAAAUUCAUUUGAUUUUAGACCUCACCAUCCUCGUGCAGUAACAAAUUCAUCACUCAAUGUGUUAUUAGACACUCCUAAUGUUAGUUCUGAAUUCAACCAUUUAGUGGAUCAGACACCGCCCAACGAGUCAGCAGAGAAGUUUGACAACGAUAAUCGUGUCGACGCCAAAGAAGAAGAAAAUAAUGACAAGGAUGAGGACGAAAUACCAAAAUCGAAUGAAUUGAAACAAAAUGAAGAAAACUGGGAAAAGAAGGGUGCCGCAGUUAAAACCAUCAAAACUAUGGAUGGGGAGACCAAAACUAUUCGGCGAAAUGUUACUGAUUUCAAAUUUGGAAAAGAAUUGGGAGAAGGUUCGUAUUCCACGGUGAUUUUAGCAACCGAUAAAAUUUCCGGUAAGCAAUAUGCAAUAAAAGUACUUGACAAGCGACAUAUUAUAAAGGAAAAGAAAGUCAAGUAUGUCAACAUAGAAAAACAUGCUUUAAAUCGAUUAAGUAAUAGACUAGGGGUCAUUUCGUUAUAUUUCACAUUUCAGGACAAAGAUUCACUUUAUUUUGUUUUGGAUUAUGCUUCAAAUGGCGAAUUAUUGACAUUGAUCAAAAGAUACAACACUUUAAAUGAGGAGUGUACUAGACAUUUUGGUGCACAAAUCUUAGAUGCUAUAAAGUAUAUGCAUGAUAAUGGGGUUAUACACCGAGACUUGAAACCAGAAAAUAUCUUAUUAGACGACAAAAUGAGAAUUCAAAUUACUGAUUUUGGUACAGCAAGAUUAUUGGAGAAAAAGAAUGAUGAAAGUGAAGAGUACCCGGUGGAUGUGAGAGCAAAAUCAUUUGUUGGUACAGCUGAGUAUGUUUCCCCAGAAUUAUUAGAAAAUAAGUAUUGUGGUAAACCUGGGGAUGUUUGGGCCUUUGGAUGUAUUAUCUAUCAAAUGAUUGCUGGGAAACCACCAUUCAAGGCAACUAAUGAGUAUUUGACAUUUCAAAAAAUCACGAAAUUGCAAUUUGCGUUUAGUGCAGGAUUCCCCACAAUUAUUAGAGAUUUAAUAAAGAAAAUUCUUGUGUUACAACCGUCACGACGGGCCACCAUUCCAGAAAUACAAAAACAUUAUUUUUUCCAAUCGAUUGACUUUAAAGAUUUUGAUCUGAUUUGGUUAUCUGAUCCCCCAGAAAUAGGACCUUAUAAGAUGACAGCGAAAUCGAUGAUGAAAGUACCGGAAUUGAACAAGGCACCUAAAAAGAAUGUCAAGAAAACAACAAAUGCAAAUGCCAGCAAUGCCAUGGCCGCUGUUGGUAGUAAUGGAAACAAAGGGUCAUCACCGACUCCUGAGAAAGAACCGAGUCCAACUACAAUUAAUAACAAAUCAACAGAAAAAGUUAGUGCUGCCAGUGUAGCUGCAUAUGUUUUGAACAAACCAUCUACAAACCAAAGCUCUAGUACAUCUGAAGAUUCAUCCAAACGUAGCAGCACAAAUGAAAGUCGCAAACCUUCAUAUUCACAACAAGAUUUUAUUCCGGGAACUAAUAUUUUACGUCCUCAGAUUAAUACUAGACCAAGUGUAGGGUCUUAUGUAAAAUCAACGCCAUCAAAGGAUAAAAAAUCAUUAACCAAAGUACCACUGAAUAUCCAUCAACAACAACAAGAAAAAGUGAAACCGAAAAUAAUGGAGGUGAAGCCAGCAACUACAUUGGAAGCAGCCUGGGAACCAUAUUUAACUCAUCCAGAUGAACGUAUACUUCGUAUUGGUCCAGUUAUUGUUCAUAAAGAGCCUACAGAACCAUUUGAAAAGAAGAAUAAAGCAUCAUUACACAUAUCGCCUUUGGAUAUAAACAAAGAUCAAAGAAGUAGAUCUAAUACCAGUUUGUUAACACAAAUUGUCAAUGAAGUGAAUAACAACACCAAUGACUUGAAAAAAGUGGAAAAUGCUGAUGAAUCUAUUGCCAUUAUUGAACCACAGUAUAAUAUCAAGAGAAGCCCUACUUCUGAUAGCAAGAAGAGUAUGGAUAUUGAAAGGUCUGCAUCUACUUCUGGAAGUAGAAUUAGCAAAAAGGCAUUUUUCAAAAAACUAGGAUUUAGUCAUUUAGAAAAAAAUGAUGCUGAAGAAUUGAGUGGUCCUAGUUUAACUGAAAAACCACAAACUUGUACAUUAGUUGUUACAACUCAUGGUCGAGCAUUACUUUUCAUUAGAAAUGAUAUAGAAACCAAUUAUACUUUACUUGCUGAAAUCAAGUUGAAAUAUCCAUUUAUUCAUUUCCAAGAAUUAGUUAUAUCUCAAAAUAAGUUUUCAAAAUUAGUACCAUCAGUGGGGGUGUUUGUGAUUAGUUCAAUUGAUAAUUCAUUAAUUUUUGAAGUGGAGAAGUUUGAAGUGAAUCAAUGGACAGAAGCAUUGGCCAAAUCUAAAUAUAAUGAAAUAGAAAGAGACAAAUUAGCUGCAUAUGAAAGUCAAACAUCAUUGAAAGAACCAGUUGUGAUUAAAAAACAACAAUCUUCUUCUACACGUUCAUCACCAAAACUUUUAGAUGCUCCUGCUUUUGAUUCGAAAACUAAUACUAAGAAGCUGCAACAACAACAUCAACAUCAUCAUCAUUCUUCACCAACAGUUAGGAAAUCAACAGAAACAUCAAGUCCAUCACAUUCACCACGUACUACCAGUACCAGUAUGUUUAAAAUGAAAUUACAAACCGGCACACCAAAAAGGAAACCACCACCUCCUGUGAGUCCACCACAAGAAUUGAAUUCACAUACAGGAUUACCUAGAAGAUCAACUGAAAAUGGAACUUUACAUGCUGCUCAAUUGGCAGUUUCUCAAAUUUCUCCGAAAAGUUAUUCAAAUAAUAGACGAUCAAGUUUUACAAAAGAAGAUGGAAGUAAAGCUGAUCCAAAUAGAAUGAGAAAAGCCGUACAUAAUUAUAAUAAUAAUUAUAAUAAUCAUAGUUAUAGUUAUAGUCAUAACGGUAAUGGUAACGGCAAUGGUAAUAAGAGUGGAUCUGGGGUAACUGCAUUAAAUUCUAAAUUUUUGGCUAGAAGUACUAGGAAAAAAUGA